AUGAAGACCACUUCGUCGCACGGGCUCCACCACCUCCACACCGCGUCGCUCUGCACGCCGUACCUCCUCCUGGUGCCGCUCGGCCUCCUCGCCCUGCUGCUGGCGCUCCCGAGCCUCGGCUCCUCCCACGCCCGCUCCCAGGGCCUCGGCGUGCUCUGCCGCGGCGCGGCGGGCACCGACGACGGCGCCGGCGGCUACUACUCCGUCGCGUCGACGGGCGCCGACGACGAGAAGAAGGCCUCCGUCGCCGUCGCCGACGCCGAGACGCCGCCACAGCCGGAGCUCAGCCUGCUCGUGGGCGUGCUGACCAUGCCGAGCCGGCGGGAGCGGCGGGACAUCGUGCGGAUGGCCUACGCGCUGCAGCCGCCGCCGGCGCCAGCGGGGGUGGCGCGCGUGGACGUCCGCUUCGUCUUCUGCAACGUGACCGACCCGGUCGACGCCGCGCUGGUGGCGGUGGAGGCCCGCCGCCACGGCGACAUCGUCGUGUUGGACUGCGCCGAGAACAUGAACGACGGCAAGACGCACGCGUACCUGUCCUCCGUCCCGCGCCUCUUCGCGUCCGCGCCGUACGACUACGUGAUGAAGACCGACGACGACACGUACCUGCGCGUGGCGGCGCUCGUGGAGGAGCUCCGGGGCAAGCCCCGCCACGACGUCUACCUCGGCUACGGCUUCCCCGUCGGCGACGACCCCAUGCCAUUCAUGCACGGCAUGGGCUACGUCGUGUCGUGGGACGUCGCGCGCUGGGUGUCCACCAACCAGGACAUCCUGCGCCACAACGACACGCACGGGCCCGAGGACCUGCUCGUCGGGAAGUGGCUCAACAUCGGCGGCAGGGGCAAGAACCGGUACGACCUCAAGCCCAGGAUGUACGACCUCAACUGGUUCAUGGAUAACUUCCGGCCGGACACCAUCGCCGUGCACAUGCUCAAGGACAACCGCCGGUGGGCGGCCACGUUCAGGUACUUCAACGUCACCACCGGCAUCAACCUGUCUCACCUGCCGUGA